UUCAUAACAAAACGCAAUUUGAUAACAAAACAAAUUUUAAAUGUAAUCUUAAGGAAAUAAGACCUUUGUGAUAUGUUAAUUAAACUACAUUCGAACAAACUAGACUAUAGUAAUCUAUUGAAAGCAUUCCGAAAAAUUAAUUAAGCUAUAUUUUAUAUAAAUUUUACGAUUUCGCAAUUAAAUGCAUAACAUUUGAUGAUUUAAACAAAUGUAGUAACAGUGAGCAAUUUAGAGCACUUAAAGUUAUAAAGUAUUAAGAUGCAGACCGAACAAGUCAAAUCCACAACAUCCUCCUUUAAAACCUUCGCAUUUAUUGAUCUCGAAACUACUGGACUGCCAUCAAUUGAAUACAACAGAACAAAAAUCACACAAAUAAGCAUAACAGCAUGUGCAGUCGAGCAUAUUAUGGAACUUAAGGAUAAAGAAGCAAUUCCAAGAGUUCUUCAUAAAUUAUCAUUGUGUCUAAAUCCUCGAAAAUUGAUCAAACUUGAUUGCUCAGAAAUCACUGGAUUAACAAAUGAACUUUUACAGAACGAAAGGAAGUUUGAUGAAGGUACAGUGGAUCUUAUUAAUAACUUCCUUACUCAUCUUCAGCAACCGGUAUGCUUAGUUGCACACAAUGGAACCAGAUUUGAUUAUCCAAUUCUUAAAAGUCACUGUAAGUUGCUCAACAAGCCAUUGCCUGAAUCUUUGAUUUGUUGUGACUCACUCAGCAUAUUCAGGAAGAUUGAUGAGAUUUACGAGGAUAAUUCAAGAACUUUAAUUAAUGGAUAUAAGAUGACAUCUUGGGAAAAGAUCCAGACACAGCAAGUGCUAAUGAUGGACGCUGAAAUUUUAGAGAUUGAACAGAUGCUGAAGAAUUAUGACUCGGAUGAGAAUUUAAUGACAAUAACUCAAUUGGAGACUGACUUCAUCAGGAAUGUCCCUCAAGUAGUCAAGUCAGAGCCUGUUGAUGACAUCCAAGCAAGGCAGCGUCAAAAUGAGACAACGCCAAGUAAGCCUGUUAAAGUUGAAGAUAAAGGUCCUCCGUCUAAGAAUCUAGAACCGAGUGACAAUAAAAAACGACCAUCAAGUGCUGCACGUCGCUCACUUUUCCCAGAAUCGACUAGAACAUCACCAAAAAAUGGCAAGAAAGUGUUUCCAAAAGGAUAUUACACAUUACGUGAAAUUUACAAACGAUACUUCGGUGUGCAUCCAGAAAAUAGUCAUGAUUCAGAAGCUGAUGUUAACGCACUCUUAAAAUGUGUUUGUGCCUGUAAAAAGGAAUUUUUGGAUGUUGCUACGAACACUGCAUACAAAUUUAGUGAUGUUAAGGAUCUUUAAAUAGCAUUUACUUGCUGAUGCAUGUUAUGACAUGAUUUUAUUUUAUAUUUGUCAUAGACAUUUUACAUUUUUAAUCACGUAUAUACUUACUAUCUAUUUUUAUACACCAAUUAACGAACAAAUGAUUAAUAAAUUUUUUAUCGAACAUAAC